AUGUCUUCCACCGCUUUCGUCCCGUUUUCCGAACCGCCCUACAUCGUCGGCCUACCGUCUCCAUACUACAAGGAGACGCAUCUGAGAUGGCAAAAAGCAUGUCGCGAGUUCGUGGACAAGUAUCUGAUGGAGAAGUCUCUGGAAUGGGACACAAAUGAGACUGUACCUGAACAUGUCUUUGAGACGUUCGCGAAGGCAGGCAUGCUGCUACCUACGCUCCCGGCUCCUUUGCCAGUAGAAUGGUUGAAGAGGCUGGGUAUACACGACAUUCUCGGCGUGGUCAAGGUCGAGGAAUGGGAUUAUAUUCAUACUAUGAUCUAUGCCGACGAGAUGGCACGAACCGGACUUGCCGGACCUUCUGGAUCUCUUACGACUGGCAUGGCUUUCGGCGUACCGCCUAUCAUCAAAUUUGGCAACAAGCAGCUCCAAGAGCGCUUCCUUCCCGAACUCCUUACUGGCAAGAAGCGAACUUGCAUUGCCAUUACUGAGCCCGAAGCCGGAUCAGACGUCGCAAACAUCACAACGACUGCUACAAAGACACCUGAUGGAAAGCACUACAUCGUCAACGGAACCAAGAAGUGGAUCACAAAUGGCAUCUGGUCGGACUACUCUUCGAUGGCAGUAAGAACUGGUGGCCCAGGACCCACGGGUCUAUCGAUGUUGGUUGUGCCCUUGAAAGGAUACCCAGGAGUCAAUAUGCGUCGACUGAAGGUUGGCGGUCAAGUCAGUGCAGGGACCACUUUCAUAGAAUUGGACGAUGUCAAAGUGCCAGUCGAGAAUCUUAUCGGAGAGGAGGGCAUGGGCAUGAAGUACAUUAUGACAAACUUCAACCACGAACGGCUCACCAUUGCUAUUGGCGCAACCCGUCAAGCGCGUGUCGCCCUUUCCGCCGCAAUGGAGUACGUCCUCAAACGCGAAGCCUUCGGCAAGCCGCUCGUUGAUCAGCCCGUUGUCCGUCACCGUCUAGCCAAAGCCGGUGCUCUGUUGGAGUCUCAGUGGGCUUGGGUCGAGCAGUUUGUAUACCAGAUGGUACAUUUACCAAAGGCAUCAGCAGAUGUUGAACUAGGUGGAUUGACAGCUAUGGUCAAAGCACAAAGUGGCAUUGUCUUGAACGAGUGCGCUCAAACGGCGCAACUGCUGUUUGGCGGUAAUGGAUACACAAAGAGUGGGCAAGGAGAGUUGGUUGAGAGAAUCUACCGUGAGGUUCCAGGUGUACGGAUACCAGGUGGUUCAGAAGACGUAAUGCUGGACUUGGGUGUGAGGCAGCUCGUAAAGAACUUCAAGAAUAAGACCAAGGCAAUGGAGAGACCGAAGGGCUCGUCAAAGUUGAAAUGGAGCAAAGACGACGACCAAGUCACGGAAAACACAAGCACACCAGUUAACGCAACACGCAAAAUCGCAUCGCGUGACGCGCUGGACGGUGCCCAAAACCUGAACCGAACGUCGUCACGAGGGUCACAUGAGGCAGAAUCGAGACGAGACGAGCAUGUACCUCACUCUAUAUACCAAAGUCAUGGCCAUCGUAUCAAUUCUGUCGCGAGCAUUUCGGAUAUCCAGCGUCGUCUCUCCAUUACCUCCCAAAUCAAUGGCUUACCUACACUGCCAUUUUCGCCCUUUUCGAAUGAACCUCGAGCACCUUUCUUUGGAAGUUUACCACAGAAGCCUGCCCCUGGCGAGCUGCCUCGAUUUAUUAAACCCCUUCCGGCCAAAAUCGGACCUGACGAGAUCGCGUAUCUGGAGAAGAAAGGCGCACUAUCUGUACCAAAGGGCAAUCUUCGCGGUGAAAUGCUCCGCGCAUAUGUUGAAUUUGUCCAUCCGUACAUGCCACUUUUGGAUCUACACGACUUCUUAACAAUGGUGAAUAGACGUGACGGCAGCAAAGGAAAAGUCAGCUUGAUUUUGUUCCAGGCCGUCAUGUUCGCCGGAUCGGCGUUUGUUGACAUGGAACACUUGCGCACCGCAGGUUACGCUACUCGAAAAGACGCGCGCAAGGACUUUUUCCAAAAGACUAGAAUCCUCUACGACUUUGAUUACGAGUCCGAUCGAGUGUCACUUGUCCAAGCACUUUUGUUGCUGACGUACUACUACGAGACUCCUGAUGACCAGAAAGACACCUGGCAUUGGAUGGGUGUCGCUACAUCGGUCGCCCACACUAUCGGACUGCACCGCAAUCCAGAUAAUACCAACUUGGAUAGCAAACGCGUCAAAUUAUGGAAGCGGAUAUGGUGGUCAACCUACAUGCGUGACCGACUCAUUGCGCUUGGCAUGCGACGACCUACAAGGAUAAAGACUGAAGACUUCGAUGUGCCUAUGCUGACGUUGGACGAUUUCGAGAUUGCACCUCUUCCGGAUUCGAUCACUUGCUUACCGGCUGACUGCCGUGUGGCACGGGACGUGGAUGCACAGCGACAACUAGCUAUCAUGUGCAUUGAGAAGGCUAGACUGUGUCUGUGCAUAUCCCAUGUGCUAUCCAAACAAUACUGCGUAUUGAACAACAACCACGGCCUUCAGAAUGACCGCACAACUAUGAUGUUGCUCCCGAAAAAACUAGAUCCUGAGACUAGUGAGGUCAAAGCAUGCGAUGAAGAGCUCCAGAAAUGGGUGUCGGAACUCCCGGAAGAGGCCAAGUAUACAGACACGCCCAGCGGUGAAGCAGCGAUCGAUCUUGCGAGGUCAUUAUUGCACAUGGUCUUCUUCACCACGUUGUCCGCAUUACAUCGGCCUCAGGUCCUACCAAAUUCACAAGGCGGCCCAGCCAGCGCUCCGACGAAAGAGAAUGUCGAAUCUGAACUCCUAGAUGUUUCUCGCCGUAAUGUUCGUCGGGCAGCUUCAGCUAUCACAUCGAUCGCACAGCGUCUAGACGUUGGCGGCCUCGUCAAGUACCUGCCAACAACGGGUGUCACCGUUCUUCUACCAGCAAUCAUCAUCCACCUACUUGACAUCAAGGCGCCAGAAGAAGAAACUCGCCGGUCGUCUCUUCGUGGUUUUUGCCAGUGCAUGGCUGUCAUGGGUAAACUGCGAGAUCUUUACGCUGCUGCCGAUUACUCUGUGGCUUUCUUAGAAGCCGCCAUUCGCAAAGCAGGCAUCCAUGUUGCUCCUGUAGCAGCCGCUCAAGCUGUGCCAAUGCCCAAGCCUUCACCUGUAACUACAGUAGAGGACCUUGUAGACGCCGGAAGACGACUCGACCUAGUCAACGCAGCGACAACAGCGACGCAAAAUCUACGACCCUCGACCCUGACACCGCCGCCAGAUAAUGGCACCACCAAUAUGCUCGCUCUCGAGAAGCAGCACAAUCAGCCUAACGUCACGGAUGAGGAAGUUGCUCGUCGCCUCGAGACUUUCCUCGCAUCUACGCCGCCAGAGUCCGAUCACGAGCAAAUGCCCAGUAUCACUAUCGCUGAAGAAUCGCAUAUGGCUAAUGCCACAGCUUCUGCAACGAACUCACACGCACACGAUAGCAUGAACUCAAUGGAUUUUAACAAGUGGAGCACAAUGGACCUUCCAGCAAAUCCAUUCGCAAACAACAUCAACCACCACCGGGAUGACGAGAUGCUAUUCUCUAGCUUACCGCUGAACAACGAAUUCGACGAUGGCGAUUUUGAUCAGUUGCUGAACCUGGAUGCGGUUGGCGAGGCAUUUAACUUUGACGAAUCGGCUCUUGACAACAAUAUGGGCCUAGGAGACGUAGACUGGCUCAAUGCUGGAAACGAUCUUACAAUUGAGGCAUGA